AUGGCUUGGAUACAAGCCGAUCACCACGACACUGAACAACAGGACUUGCACCAAAAUGGCGUAAACCGCUCUGGCUCUCAAUGGGCCUUGCGCAUGCGCGAAAGUCGGCCAAUCAAUGCAGGGAUCGCGUCACGUGACUCCCCGAGUCUCUGCCCAUGCGCGCUUAUUCUUAAUGGUGAUACUUUACAAUUUACAAGUGAAGGAGACAUAAUUACAAAGUUUCGCUGCAUCAUCUUCAUUCUGACAUCAGUAGUGCUCUUCAAUGAAUGGCUCUCCUACACCAUUUGUGCCAUGAACUGGCCAGUUACAGAGGAAGUGAAGGAGGAACAUGUGAAGGUGCUUAUUGCAGCUGAUCCCCAGAUCCUGAGCACAGACUCCGAGCCUGGCUUCCCCUUCAACUAUAUUGCAGUCUGGGAUGCAGACAGGUUUGUAAGUCGAGGGUUCCAGCUAGCUCUGUGGAGAACCAGGCCCCAAGUGGUGAUUUUCCUUGGAGACGUUUUAGAUGACGGCAGCACCAGCAGCGAUGCAGGCUUCAGGGCUAAAGCCGAGCACUUCAAAAACCUCUUGCGCAUUCCUGAUUAUGUUGAACGCACUAUAUAUGUACCUGGGGAUAAUGACAUAGGUGGUGAGGGAAUGGACCAAGUGACACCAAGCAAAGUCAGCAGGUUUUUCUCGGCAUUCAAGCAGACAGAUGUUGACUCAUUCAAGUUCUUAGAUUUUAUUCAGCUUCACAUUAUGGACACACUCGGGAACGAGACCCAACCUCUACCAGAAGAUGAAAACAGAAUGCGGAUACUUUUGUCACAUAUGCCUCUCCUGCCAAUCACUAGGAAAGCUAUUAAGAAGACAAUAGUUGAGCAUCAUCCCUCUUUAAUAUUUCGGGUCACGAGCACGAGUCUUUCCACUUCAUUGGCCAAAAAAGCAUUGCCAGAGCAGAGGAAUUCUGGCCCCUCAGAGAUGAUGAUAGCAUCUGGAAGAUUGAUACUGUCACUGAGAAAUUGCAUGAGGUCACUGUUCCCACGUGUUCGUACAGAAUGGGCAAGAAGAGCUAUGGGUACGGCUCAGCUGUAAUUGGUAAGUUGUUCUUUGCACCUUUUGUUUUUUUCAUUUUUUUUUUCCCUCUCCCUGUUUGUUUUUGUGUUUUUUAGAUUUAUU